AUGAAUGUGGAGAUGGCGUCUAUCACACCCUUCCUUUGUCUUCGUAUUUCCCCCAGCCAUAUCUCCCUCAAGACUAGGGUUGCAGUUUGUCAGCGAAGCUCCUCCACACGCAGCACAUAUAUUUCUGUUCGGUGCCGUGGAAUUGAAGGUUCUAACAUGGACGAGGGUCAGCCGAAGUCUUGGCCAGAGUUGGUUGGAAUCCCAGGCACGGAGGCCCGCGAGAAGAUUUUGGCGGAGGACCCAACGCUGCAAGUGGGAAUCGUCAGGCCGGGCAUGAUGGUGACGAUGGACUACCGCUUGAACCGUGUGCGCAUCUACGUGGAUAAAGAUGGAAUUCAUGAUAUCUCACCGCCUCAAGCGCCUUUCAAGUCUCCUUGCCCCUUCACCCACCGCUCCCUACCAGGUCGCGUCAAGUUCCCCAAUUUCCAGUCCACUGACCUGCUCCACCUAUUCGGCUCGGCCAUCUCAUACCACCGCAAGGCCGUGCGCCUCACCUCCGCGGAGCACUCCGCGGGCGCGGCCAUUCUCCGCACGCCCAUCGUCCUCCUCGACCGCCCGGGCAACUCCGCCAACAGCUCCACCUGUCGUGCGCUCGCCUGGAGCUCCAUCUUCGACUUCCGCGUGAGCGGGCCCGCGGACGGCUUCGCCAUGGUGCUCUGGCCGCGCUUGCGCAACCUGGGCUCCGCAGACGGGUAUAUGGGGUACGCGGGGGACGUGCGCUACCGCCGCUCGCGCGCGCUGGCUAUAGAGUUCGACACGUACCAUAACACGUGGGACCCGAAGCCCAGUUACAGCGCCAAUGGCGCGGAUGGCGGAUCCAGGGGCGCGCUCGUGGCGAGCCACGUGGGGAUCAACCUGCGCAACUCCGCCAGGUCCCUCUCCGCGGAAACGCUCGUUGCGCCGCUAAACGACACCAAAAUCUGGCGCGCGUGGGUGAUCUACAACGGCCUCGACCUGGCGGUGUACGUGGGGCGCGGGCGCAAGCGGCCGCGGCGGGCGAUGAUGCGCGGAAGGAUGAACCUGUGCGCGGUGCUGAAGAAGCCCGGGUUCUUCGUGGGGUUCACCGCGUCAUCCGCAGGCUCCCCCGCCGUGCACGACAUCCUCAGCUGGACCUUCUCAGUCUCUUGUGAGUUCGGCCUGUGCUUGCCGGGGGUCGCUUCGCGUGGUCUGUCCACAGGUCUUCGAAACGAGGGUUCACAGGCCAUGAGAGCAUAA